AUGAUUCAUUUGCUUCCAUUGGAAACGACAGGCUGUGGUUUAUCUUGGGUUAGUUAUCUUUGGAUAAACUGCAAAAUGGCGACACCCAUGCACAGAGUUAUUGCUCGUCGGCAAGCGGAGGCAAAUAAACAACAUGUUCGGUGUCAGAAGUGUUUGGAGUUUGGACACUGGACAUAUGAGUGCAUUGGUAAACGAAAAUACCUUCACAGGCCAUCAAGGACAACAGAAAUGAAAAAGAAACUUAAAGAAAAUGAAAAUAAACAGGGUAACACCACAGGACCAGGAAAGGAAGACUCCAGUGAAAAAAAAAUUAAGAAGAAAAGGUCAAAGGAUUCAAGUAGUAGUAGCAGCAGCGAUUCUGACAGCUCUUCUAGUGACUCAUCGUCUGACAGUAGUGACUCCUCAAGCUCUUCGUCAGACGACAGUGACAGUGAUGACAGCUCUAGCUCCUCUUCCUCUAGCAGCUCGGGUUCCGAUUCAUCUAAAGGCAGUGAAUCGGAUCAAGGUCCUCCCAAGAAGAAAAAGAAGAAGAAGUGAAGAAGAUUGAGCUGGAUUGUGUUCCACCGAGACAUUAACCUGAGCUAAACUCUGACUCUGCAGUGAGGCAUUUUGUAUUUGUCAGAAGGUGUUUUCUCUCCCCUGCAUUUCCCCCCUGUACAGUCAGUGAAAAUGUGUGGUCAUAUCUCAACUUGGUCUCGAAUAACAAGUUAGGAAAUUCCUCUAGAUUAAAAUUUAGAAAUGUAUGUGCAUUUUACAUACUUGCUGUAGUUCCUCACUUUCUUCUAUUGUUUUUGAGUGACUCCAUACAUGUACAGCUACGUAUCUACUGUUAUGACUUUUGCUACUGAAAUAUAUGUAAUACAUCAUUUGGGGGGGCCUGCAGCUGUGGAAACAUUUACCAAUUUAUUUUUAUUUUUGUAUUCUUUCCAGUACGAUUUCAGAAACGUUACCAGCCCAGUAUAGCUCGGCUUUAGUUGUAGUGUGAAUUGUGAACCCUGUUAUUGAUUUUGGCAUUCUUUUGAUAUGAUAAAAUGUUAUUGACUGUUGCUAAACUGCCAUUUUAAGGACAUUUGUAUGGUCUCUGUUUUGUUAGGCACAGCCCAAGUGUGAUCAUGCGAAUGUAUCCCCCUGCCACCCGUAAGUUGGUCAUGCUUUUAUUUUAUUAAUGUUUUUACCUAGUGUCCCAGCAUUGAAUAAUUUAAGGAUAAAAAGGCAGUUGCAAGUGUA